AUCCAAAUGAAUGGCCUAGCAACACUGACUGAUAACUGUCAGCUGAGUUUGUUUUUCAUUGUUUUCGUUUACAUUUAUUGCGUUUGAGCCGAAAGUUUUCAGAGUUUCCAACAGUUGAAAAAAAACUAUGGGCCAAAGUAAUAGCAUUUCAGAGGCGAUACCAGAGACAGUGGAGCAACUGAAUUACGAAGUGAAAAAGCACGCACAAAUUUUUUCCGAAAUUGGAACGCUGAAUUAUGACGAUUUCCAGAAAUGUUUGUCCGAAUUGAAUGAAUUAUCGCGCAAAUGUUUGGACUCUAGUGGAAAACAGCUGGUUUUUGCAGUGAAAAAAGGCACAGACGCAACGAUGUUAUGGAAGGCAACCGUGCAAAUCGCAUGUGUAAAAGUCGAUCCUGAGUCGAGACAAAUUGAAAGCUACAAAUUCCUGAAUCUAAAACAAUUUCUGCGAGUGUUCAAAACAUUUCAAUCACAUCUCCAAGUGAUGAUUUCCAGCGAAAAGCAACAGGAAAACUUAACCGCUUCAAUAUUAAUGGACAAGGUGGACUGUUUCGCCGAAUCGAGUCCAACCAGCGAAGAAGCAUCCGGAUCCGAACUACUUCAGGAGUGUUCAAUUUGCUUGGAUCGGAAGCCAGAAGUAUUAUUGCCAUGCGCACAUACAUUUUGUUGUCCCUGUAUAGAACAAUGGAAUAUGAGCAGAAAAACCUGUCCAAUAUGCCAGGCCGAGCUCAGCUCAACCGAUGACACAUGGGUUCUUUCAGAAUUACCAGCUGCAGGAGAGAUAAGCGAAAAGAUAUGCAACGAAUUGAUGGCAUUGUCCAGAACAGAACAGUGAAUUUGAUGAAGACAAUGUUUCCCCUUUCAUUUGAUUGAGCUUAAGAAACGUAAGAAUAUUAAUUGUUCGUUGAUUGGUUGUAGUAUUAUUUUUGAAGGCGUUGAUGACGAAAGUGAUUAUUGUUGGGAUGGGUGGUGAGAAGAAGAAACCCGGACAAUUUUGAUUAAUAAUUUCACUGAACAAAACAAAGAAGUUGAAGAAGAAAUAAAUAAAUUAUUUUUCGAGCAUUUAGUCGGUCAAUGAAAUUGUCGUAGGAUUGUACGAAUUUUACUUUGUAAAAGAAUUUAAAUUUAUUGAUAUGACGAAUCAUUUCCAUUGAUAUUGUAUUACUGUUUAAAACGAAGUUAUAUUGGAUAUUUUCAGCAAAAAUUUAAAUUUUAAUUAAAUUAAGCUAAACUUUAAAUCAAA